AUGUGGCAUCCAAUUAAGUGUUUCGAUAAUGAAGCGAUAACGAGUCACUAUCGAAACGAUCAAGUAGUGAACCACUCGACGGAGAGAGCUACACGCAAUUGGAUUUUACGAUUUGUUUGUAACAACGACAUUUAUACUGAAGGGAAUUCGAAAAUGCUUAUUAAAUACCUCACAGCGCUCAUCCUUAUUUCCACGACCAGUGUCGUAGCUAUAAAAGAAAAACUUGAUUGUGCCGAAGGUGUCACGACUAAAACAGAUGACGCUCGAGUUGAAAUAAACUUUGCACGGAAAGAAUUUCCCACUGCACACGGAAAUGAAGAUAAAGAUAACAAAGAAGAUGGCUGUGAACACUCAAAUGGUGACCUUGGUCUACAAGAAUAUGGAGUUAAAGGAUCUCCUGCAGCAAUAAAGGAACCAGCAGUGGAACGAAUACAGCUAAGAAUGAUCUUCGGCGCCGACCGAACUCCAAAGUCCGCCUUUCAAGGAGAACAAUUAGAAACGAACCAAACCACCAUCAUGACGAUCGUUUGGUCUCCCUACGAAAAGAAGCGAUGUGAACUACAACAGUCAUCAACUGCCAACCCU